UGUUUCGUGAAGUUUUACGCCAUUCCUCUUUCUCUCUUCGUACCCACAAAGUUGUCAAUCUAUAUCUCUAUUCAAUUUUCUCCCUUCCACUUCUAGGGUUUCGCUUUUGCCACGGACAUGUCUUCUUCUACUCAUCAAAGGGUUGAUCAUGGUUCCACCCCUUAAAGCAAUUGGCUUUAGCACCCUUGCUAUCUAUUUAAUCAUUUUUUUUUCUCAUGAUUUGAUUAACCUGAGUGGCGGAAAUUUUUUCAAUUUCUGUACCCUCGUUACUAUGUUAUAUGUCUCAGGAAAUAAGGAGAGUAAAAAUAUCCCAUUUUUUGAGAUAUGGAUUUUUAUUUCAAUUUUAGUAGCAAGCAUUCAUUGAGCAGAAACCAAUUUGACCCCAAAAGCAGUUUUGCAAUAAGACUCUUUUUUUUUUUGUUUCAAAUAUAAACUUUGAAGUUAAUAAUGCUAACUGUUGCAAAUUUUCUUAUGUGCCAAUUCAGUUUUUCAGGUUUUAGAAGAUAACCUAGUGUUGUUUAUUCAUCAACUGUCUUGUCCAGGAUGGAAUCUUGCAUGGAUUUCCUCAGUCGCCUUGAUUACGACACAUCUCUCAAGAUACUCAAGUGUCUGGAUGAUCCUGCUGACCUUGUUCGUGUCAGUUGUGUCUCACGAUCUUGGAGACACUAUGUGAUUACAAAUGGUCUUUUUAGGCAGCUGUGCUUGAGAAUAUUUCCUCAAUUGUCAAGAGCUGUUUGUGUUGCUGAACUGAAUGGACUUGGACAAGAGGAACGUGCAGGGGUUGGAACUAGUUAUUCUACAGAAUGGAUAGCUCGAGAGAGAGAGCAUAGAGUCUAUUCUUAUUUAGCUAGAGCUUUCAUGUCAACUGUUUCUAUGAAUUGCAUUGCUAAGACAAUUGGUGCGUCUAGCACUGAUAAUUUUCCUCAGGAGAGCAUUGACAAUACUUUAGAGCAAGGAGACAACAUUGGUGGUAGAUUUUCCUACUGGUCCAGUAGUGGGCAAAAUAAUCCCGAUGUGCCUGAGACAUUAACUUAUGAGUUGAUCUCUAAAAUUUGUGUUAUUACAGACAUCAAUAUCCAGCCUUUCCUAGCUCACUUUCAGAUGGGGUCACCUAUAUAUUCAGCAAGAUCUGUUCGGUUUAAAAUGGGUCAUCCUAAAGCUCCUUUCGAUCCUUCAGCUGAAGGAGUGUUUAUAUGGACCUACACUUCACCAGAAUUUCCAAUGACUCAGGAAAACCGGCUGCAGAAGUUUAGGCUUCCAGAACCUGUGCUUUGUAUUGGUGGUAUCUUGCAGAUUGAGCUUUUGGGAAGGGUACAGAGACAAGAAAUGGAUGGCUUAUUAUACAUUUGUGUUUCUUAUGUUGAAGUUCUGGGGCGCUCAUUGUCACCUAAAUUUCGUGCUGAAGUUCUGGAUCCCUCUGGAUUGUUUGUGUUGAAGAGUCAACCCCUAGGGACAUCUGAAAAUGAGUAUCCAGAAAUUCCCACUGAUAAUGAUGAUGAUGAUGAUGAUGAUGAAAUGCAGACGGGAGAGAUAGAAUUCCGGCGGAUUUCGAAUGAAUUGCGUGCACAAGCAUUAGGAGAAGCUGUGGAGGAUGAUUGGGAUGAGGAUGAAUAUGAAGAUGAAGAUUUUGAAGUAGAAUAUGCCCUCUGAUCUUUUGCUGGCAUAAAGUGGAAAAACCGGAUUUCCUGUUUUCCCUUUGGAUAAAGAUUACCCUUGACUAAGUUUAGUCUUUUCUUUGCAUUUGCAACUGAUUUAAAUUUUAAGUAUUUGCUUUUUCUGUUGAUGGUGUUGGGAGUGGGACAAGUAUCUACUUGUUCUGCGUUUUAAAAUCUAGUUGUACCAGACGUCUGUUAAACCCUUAAGCAUGGAACUUAGUUCUUGAGCUUUCUCGAAACCUUGACAUCAUUCACUUAACUGUGAAUUAAACAGAGUUUGAUACACCAAAUUCUGUGCUAGUCAAUGUUAUUUCUGAAACCAAUAUCUGCAAGUAAAUUUGAGA